AUGUCAAGUUCAGACCUUAGCUAUGAUAUUGUUCAUUCACUUCCUUCACGUGCUUAUAGUUCUUCAUAUAGUUCAGAUAAAUUAUUAGGAAGAUCAAGACAUAAACCAUUACCAUCUGAAUAUAUUUCAAUGUUUACAGGAUUUUUUGUUGUUGAAUUUGAUUUAGAAGAUGGAGAAGUAAUUAUUUUUAAACAACUUAGUAAUGAACUUAAUAAUGGAGUAGAAAAAGAACUUGUUAGAGUUUUAAUGGGAUGUGAUUAUUCUGCAGAUACAAAUGUUUCAAUUGAUCCAAAAAAUCCACCAAAAGAACGUCAAAAUUUAAUUUUAACACAUUCUAUUAUGAAUUUUCAUUGUAUCUCUGUUCAUUUUUCAGUAUUUAAUCCAAGUAAUAAAAGAGGAUAUGUAUCUACAAUUUGUAUUUCAAUACUUCAAUCUAGACAAUUUUCUUGUCAACAAGCAAAAUUUGUAAAAGAAGAAUUACAAAAAUGUUCAAAACAAUUACAAGAAAUAUCAUAUUCAUAUUGGAAUGGUACAACACAAAUAUUUGAAUCACCAUUAACAUUUAGUGAAUUAAUUAAUAUAGCAUUACAAUCUCAAAAUGGAUUAAAUACAAUAUUAACAUCAACAUCAAAAAUAGUAUUAAAUUCACAUAUCAAUACUUCUUAUGAUUCAUAUUUUAGUAAUAUUACUUCUCCAUCAACAGUACUUACUUUAGGUAAUUUUGCAUUAUGUAAUUCUAGUUUUAAUAAACCUAUUCCUCAUGAUUUUCCAUUUCCACCAAUUUUUCCUUUAUAUCAACCAUCAUUACGUUCUCAAAUUUCAGCAAAAUAUUCAUUUAAUGAUAUUAUUGAAACUAUGCCAAAACUUCUUCCUCAUUUAAUAUUAACAAUAUUAUCUGGUUGUAGAAUUACUAUUUUUCAAUCAAUACCAAUUCUUAAUACAUUUAAAUUAAAAGAAAUAGCUGAUUUUUUAACUUCACUUUGUAUUGGAGGAGUAUCUUGUGCUCAUUAUUCACCUAUUUUAAAUGAUGAUAAAUCAUUUAAUGGACAAAUUCUAGUAACAACAUCAAAUACAUUUACUGGAAAUGAUGCAGCAUUAGAUUUAUCAAAAGGAUUUAAAGGUUUAUUUUAUGAAGGAAAAGGAUUAUUAGAUAAUUUUAUUUCAUAUACUAAAGAAGGUGGUCAAUUUCUUGAAGAAAGAUAUUGGAAUAUAGUAUUAGAUUAUUGGGGACUUACUGUACGUUGUUUAGCUGGAGAAAGUAUUCCAACUAGUCAAGACAAAUAUGUUAUUCAAAAUUUUAUUCGUCGAGUAGAAAUAGAAAGAGAAGCAAAUAAAACAGGAAGAAUAGUACCUAAAAUUCCAAUUUUUUCACCUACUUUAUUUAAAUUUAUUCCAAAGUGA